CCUACUCUACCUAGAUAAGCCUGUGAACUCUUUGCAGCUUUACUGGCCGUUUGGUGGGAAAUCUUAAUCUUGCUGUGCUUUCCUCCACUUUAUCACCCGGCUAGAAACCAAUGUGGAGGAAAUCUGAUAGUAAUGAGCGGAUGGGGAGAUAACCCCUAUGGUAUAAAAAAAAAAAAAAAUGGUAUAGCUCCUCUACUUAUGGAAGUUCUGCCCCAGGCCCGCAUAGACUGGUGUCUGCUUUCUUUUGCUCCACGGUUCUAGCCACCCUGUUUUUAAUCCUUUUUCAGCGUCCCCCGCCCCCCACCUCCACCCUACCAUUAUGUAUGAUCGGGCCCCCCGCUUGCUCAGAUUGACUGAGGGUGGCAGUACCGAGGACUGUGUGGGUCCUGGAUCCUACCAGGUACCUUUCCUGAAGCAGCAGGCAACAGGUGGCUAUGCACCAUUUCUUUCUUUGGCUACUAGAGAAAGUUCUUUUACUACUGGCUCUAACACUGAGAAAGCUGCUCCAGGUCCAGGACACUACAAUGUUUCAAAAGUACAGAAAAUUUCAAGAGCACCUACAGCUUCCAGAACUGUUGAUGUCCCUUCAAUUCCUUCUUGUGGACAAGCAUAUGGUUAUCAUAUUAAUGAGGACGACACUAUUAUAAAACGUUUUCCACCUGCUCAUGACAGUACACUAGGUCCAGCUUACUAUAAACCUCAAUAUAAUGUUUUCGAUGCAGCUUUGAAAUAUAAAGGGAUACACUUUGGCAACUCUUUGGGAAGACGAGAGUUACCUCCAAAGUCAGGACCUGGUCCUGGACAGUAUGAUAUAGUCCAGGAAAAGCCACCACAGUAUGAAAAUAUUAACAUCAAGAAAGAGCGACAGCAAAAUUAUUGCUCAUUUAUCCCACGAUUUUAUGAUUCAGUAAUACUGCAGGAAGAAAAAAAGAGAUUUGUACCUAUGAAAUCAAUCACACCAGCUCCUGGCACAUAUAAUGAACCUCGAACAGCUCUCAAGUCCUUGAAGAAAACUUUAGGACUGAAAAAAUCUGCAUUUGGUCAAAGUGCUGCUCGAUUCACACAGGAAUCCAGGACAGAGGAAAUGCCAGGUCCUGGGUUUUAUAAUAUCUUAAAUAGCACUAUAGUUGACAAUGUUAAAAAUAUCUGCUUGGAGAAAAAAGGGAAAAGUGCUUUUGGAUCUUCUGUUCCUCGAACAUUUUUCCUGGUUCAGAAAGAAACUCUUAUUACUCCUGGUCCUGCUGAUUAUCAGGCUUUUUGGAAUUCACAGGUCAGUGGAAGUCCUGACAAACUACCUAACUUGACUAAUCAAUACGCUGCAUUCUUGUCAAGAACAGAAAGAACUAAUAAACUAUUAAAUACGGGUAUUCCACCACCAGGCAGCUAUGAUGUUCAAAAAUCAUAUGACAUGUCACAGGGUAAACAAAAAUACAUGCCACCCCGUAGUUUGGUGGCUAAAAGAAAACAUUCUUCCUUUCUUAGUGGAACUCCUCGGUGCUGGGAAAAAAUGACAGAUGGGCCAGGGCCUGCAACAUACAAUCCUAUUUUAAAGAAAUCUUACACCAUACCCUUAUUUGUUAAAACAUCAAAGCGUUUUGAAGAUUCCAAAGAGACAACUCCUGGCCCGGCAACAUAUGAGGUUUGUAAAUGA